GUUAUACCAUCCCCAUUUGUAAUAUUUCCUGGAGAAUGGCAUUGCCAAGUAAAAUCAUCAUAGUAACGAGAACGAGAGUACGCGUAUAGAAUAAUAAAAAAUGAGAAACCGUUAAUAAAAUCAGAGGAUUACAGUAGAUUAAGAAUGGCAAAAAGCAAAUAAAAGAUCCACGAAGCAGAGAACAAGUUAAAAUGGGGAACUAGAAUAUUUUAGAAUGAAAAACACAAAAGUAAUAUGAGCGCAAAGGUAUUUCAUAGAGAAUGUCAAAACUCGAGUAAAACCAGCGAAUAAUAGGAACGAGAACGAGAGUACAGUACGAAUUGGAACUUUGUGCGGAAUAAAAAAAAAAGAAGAAGAAUAUGGCGACGACGUGAGCAUCUUUUGUGUGUAUUUAAAGUGUAUAUAAAACAAACUUGAAGCCUUACUUUUAUUAAUCCCAAGUACCACUGCACGAAAACGCAGAAGAAACGAAAAUUCAUUUGCUGUGUGUAAUUACAGGAAGUAUUGUUCCCAUUUUAGAGCUGGCUAAAAUUAUAAUAAUUACACAUUCGCCACCAUGCUGAUCCGUUUGUGUAGGUGCACCCGAUUCGAUAUAAACUAAUGAUCUCGGAUCGUUGCAGACUCCAAUUCAACCGAAUAAAAAGCGGUGCUAAAAACGGUUUUCCUGCUAACAGCAAUAGUUAGCACCAGACUAUGUCUAACUUUUUGCGACACCAGGAGGUACAAGAGAACACAUAGCCAUGGCUGCGACAAGAAAACUUCAAGGUGAAAUCGAUCGAUGUUUAAAAAAAGUAGCCGAGGGCGUUGAAACUUUUGAAGAUAUUUGGAAAAAAGUUCAUAAUGCCACGAACACGAACCAGAAGCAAAAACAUCUGCAGGAGAAAUAUGAGGCAGAUCUUAAAAAAGAAAUCAAAAAACUGCAGCGAUUGCGCGACCAAAUCAAAUCAUGGAUUGCAUCGGCUGAAAUUAAGGAUAAAAGCGCAUUGCUUGAGAAUCGAAGGCUUAUUGAAACACAAAUGGAGCGAUUUAAGGUGGUUGAGCGCGAAACAAAAACAAAAGCCUAUUCCAAGGAAGGCUUAGGAGCGGCACAAAAAAUGGACCCAGCUCAACGAAUUAAGGAUGAUGCGCGAAAUUGGUUAACCAGUUCUAUUAGUUCACUUCAAAUACAGAUAGACCAAUAUGAAAGCGAAAUCGAAUCACUUUUGGCAGGGAAAAAGAAGCGCUUAGAUCGAGAUAAACAAGAACGCAUGGAUGACUUACGAGGAAAGCUGGACCGACAUAAAUUUCAUAUAUCUAAGCUGGAGACCUUGCUUAGGUUGCUUGAUAACGAUGGAGUUGAAGCAGAGCAGGUGAACAAGAUUAAAGACGAUGUGGAAUAUUAUAUUGACUCGUCGCAAGACCCAGACUUCGAAGAGAAUGAGUUUAUCUACGACGACAUUAUCGGACUUGACGAGGUAGAGCUAAGUGGCACGGCCACAACUGAUAGCAACAACAGCAAUGAGACGAGCGGCUCGCCAAGCAGUGUCACCUCUGGCGGAAGUCCUUCGCAGUCGCCUGUAACAGUUCAGCAGGUAUUACCUCCCUCAAUGCCUGUAGCGCCUAGUAGUGGAAGCAGUAGCACGGUCAGCACAGCUUUGUUUCAAUCGCAGCAAGCAGCACAAACUAACGGCAACAAUGUGGGUUAUGCGAGUGAUACCAGCGCUGCUUCCUCAUCUGCUACAACAUCAACAGAUGCUGCGAGUAGUACAGUUGCCAUUGGUGGAAGUGGAGUGGGUAGCACUGAUAAGCGCAAUAAAAACACCGAAAGCAAUACGAACAGUAAAUUAAAACAACCUCAACCAAUAAAGCCCAUCCCUGUGCGAGCAUCUCCUAAGGCGCUUACGGGUAGUGAUACUCAAGUUAACAAAAUUGUUAGCUCAACACCAAGUAAAAUUAACUCUCAGCCAACAACAGCUGCUGCUAUUGUCGCGCAAAGCAGCAUUAGUGGAAGUGCAGCUGGAAUCUCUAGCUCCAUCGUUGGAAACGGACCACCAACAACAGCUGCUAUAGGGCAUAAUUCUACAGUUCAACCUCAUGCCCCUACGCCAGGCUUUACCGUCACUAACUCUACUACUUCCUCUAAUGCCUCUACAUCAUCUUGUUUAACAAACAGUUCUGUACAAGGCUCGACUGUGAUUCCAGUAGCGCCAACCAUUGCAUUUGCUGCGGUAGCAAAAAACAAUACAUCACUAUUGGAAAAUUCUCCUGCAUUGCAACAACCUCAGCAACAAACCACAGUUCCUACGGUGGCUGCCAUCGUUGGAGCCGGACCUCAGACCCUGCAACAACAGCAACAGCCUCAGGCGGCACAGCUAUCCAAUCUUCAAACGAAUUCCUCUCACAUACAAAACGGUCUAUCAGUCUCAGACGGUAAUAGUGACAACAAUAACAGUAUCAUCGAUGCAAUAUCACUUAAAAGCAUGGCACAAGAAGCUAUUAAUCGAUCAGCAAUCGAUACGACUACCUUAAUUCAACAACAACCCAACAACAUGGAUACGAGACAGUCUCAAUCACAGCAGCCGUCUUCGCAACAAUCGCUCAUGCAACAGCAUUUCAACACGGAAAAUACUGCCAAUCAGCUACAGCAACACCAAGUGCCGCCACAGUUGCAGAACGUCGGAGCAUCGGGGACGCUAAUAAGUUCGGUUGUAGCUGUGACUCACGGUGCAACAGCCAGCAAUGGUCCUACAGCCGGACUUAUUAAUGUGACGAACGCUGCUGGUCAGCCAACAAGCAGCAAUACGAAGCCACAUUCACACCAACAGCAGCUGGCCACUACGGAAGCACACAUUCCUACAUUGUUGGGGGUUACGCCAUUGGGUCCAACGCCACUUCAGAAGGAACAUCAAGUACAAUUUCAAAUGAUGGAGGCAGCUUAUUUCCAUCUUCCACAUCCCAUGGAUACGGAGAAGUUACAAACGUACUUUCAUCGCGCGCCAGUGCCGACUCCAGCACAUUACCCCCAGGCACAGCUGCCCAUAUACGAUACCGUUGAAUUUUAUCAACGGCUUUCAACAGAGACGCUUUUUUUUGUAUUUUACUACAUGGAGGGCUCCAAGGCCCAGUAUCUAGCGGCCAAGGCUUUGAAGAAACAAAGCUGGCGUUUCCACACAAAGUAUAUGAUGUGGUUUCAGCGACAUGAGGAACCAAAAAUUAUAAACGAUGAUUACGAACAGGGUACGUACAUCUACUUUGACUAUGAAAAGUGGAGUCAGCGCAAAAAGGAAGGAUUCACUUUUGAAUACAAGUACUUAGAAGACAAAGAGCUGAAUUAAAUAUGUUGCGAUGUGUGUUGCUUCGUCUGUGUAUAAGAAACCUAAUCCAUUAAACCAAUAAAAUAAUUCUACCAUUUUCAUAAAAAAUCACACGCAACCAAUCAUAACACAACUCUCUCAAUCCUUAAGCCAUCAUAAAAGGAGAAGCGUAAAGAAUGGUAUAAUAAUAUGAUAUCUUACUUGAUUAUCAGGCAAAAGAAAAUGGAAAUUAGGCGAUCAUGAAAACAAGAGUAAGCAUAAGUUAAAAGAAUAAUGAAGUACGGUUUUUUAAAUGCAUGUAAAAACAUAUGCUUAUUUAUAAAUGUUUAACUAUUCUCUAUGGAUAUUUUCUUUGCGCGAAAUAAUUAAAUGAACAAUUUUACAUUUAACUUUCAUAUUGAUUUUGAAUUAUGUUUUAUUCAUUCAAGAAAAACACGCAACAAUUAGUUUCAUGAGUCUUAACUCAAAACUUUCAUAUUGUAUAAAAUUCACAGUCAAGUGUAGCUAACACUUAAACGAUUUUUAUGCGAUUAGAAUAAGCAGCUAAUUAAAAUUAAAAAAAAAAAAAUUCAGCUGAUCUUAUUAAAUUUAAUAUUCUAAUUACGGUUACUAAGAUCAUUGAUUAAGUUCAGUAAAAUGUGUUAAAAAGCAACAAACCACAAAAUAAUGCAUAAAUAAAAAACCUUUAAUAAUAAGAUAACAAUAAACUUAAAAUGAGUACAUAAUUCAAA